CACGCCCAUUUAUUCAUGACGUCACAUGACAUCGGAAAACUAAAGGUCAUAAAAGUUGAAGGGUCCAAAGGUUGGAAAAUUAAGAUGCUCCCCCCUCCACCCUCAUACAUGCCACGCCCAUCUAAUCAAGAGCAUGCUGUUCUGAGACAGGAGAUGGAGAUGUUCAAGACUUGUUUAGAGGAGAUCAGUCUCUCUGGGCUGGAAGGAUGCACAGUAGGAGAGCUAUGGACCCAUCUCUCAAACAGGCAGCCUGCCAUCGGUUUCGAGCUAGAUGAGCCUACCAAAUCAUACAUCUGGAGACAGCUGCUCAGUAGCAUUAAACCCAUCCUGGAGCACUGUCCUGUGUGUGUAUACCUCCUCCCACAUCCCAGGGAGUCUCUGGUUCAUUCAUUUCCGUCAGGUUGCCUAGACUACCAACAUCCUCAUCAGUACAGGUUCAUCAAUGAUACCACUAGUAGUAUACCUGUGAAGGGCUCGUGUGUCUCCUACCAUGAGAGAAACAAUGUAACCAUGGAGAUAGCCAAUGAGAGGCCUACCCUCGAAACAGCAUCUGAGAAGUAUGGCAAUUCUCUGGUACUGGUGGCCAGUCAGGAGUUGAGGGAGAGAGUCCUCACUCCAGUAGGAGGGGACUCGUGUCUCGAGGUCCCUGAUGUUCAGUACGGACUCUUAGAGGUGGUAGGUGCGGCCAGGCAUUAUGGGAUAUCGCGACCUUUUGUGACCUCCAAGUACCUAAAGGUGGAUGCUAGGAGCACAUUCUUUUAUGUUAAGCAAUUGAAGAAGAGAGGACUGAUUGAUAUUAAGAAUCAGAAUCGAUCCAUUUCCGAGAGCCGGACUGGUUCCACAUUCAUGCUGUACCUCUCUGCAUUCAAGGAACUGGACUGGGAAGUACCGGAUAAAAAGGAACAAUUCUGUUCCAUUCUGAGUCGAGCUCCAUACCAGUGCAUGCGUAUCAAGGAACUCUAUAGUCAACUAGGUAAAAGAGUGAAGCCAUUGAAGAAAGAGCUCGUAGAGAGUGGUCACGUGGAGAAGGUCCUGCUCAAGACCGUGUCCGAGGAGUAUGCCAACGAUCCUGACCUCGCCAACACUCAGGCCAUUCGUCUGAUAAAGCCGUACGUUGCCAAGGAAAUAGUCGAGGAUGAUGACGAUGACGAGGACGAAGGUGAUGACUCUUCAUUGAAGACGCCCCUGAUAGCUGAGUUGCCACUGGAGAUGCAGGCGUACCGCCUCAUUGACAGCUUUGGACCAGCUGGAAUCCCUUUCCAGGACUUUGUUAUGAGGAGGGGGCUAGAUUUAGGGAAGUUCCCUAAUCGAAGCAUUGCUAACAGCCUCAUCAAGAAGUCCAAGGUAGUGGCCAUUAUUCAGGACACAGCUGCCAUCAGGACAACCAGUUUGGUGUCUGCGAGUCAUGUGAGUAAGAACCAAGACUACCAGCAGCUGCACGCCGAGGCUGCUCGUAGCGGACUAGGCAGUGGAGACCUACCCAUUCUCACUGGAGCCAGUUAUUUCCCUCCGGAGGGAAAGAGAGAGAGAAAGGAUCGUAAGAAAACCAAGACUACUGAGCUACGUGCCAUCAAAGAGGACACCCCUGUAAUAGAGCCAACUAACAAGGUUCCUGGUAUGCUCUUCAUAGCUGAUCUAGAUGUCUCGGCUCCAAACCUGUCUCCGAAUGAGACUGUAGAUCAGUUACAUUCCAGAACUCCCGUGUCUGCCUCUCUUUCAAGAUCUGUGUCACCUGCUCCUUCACUUCUUGGCAAAGUUCGACAUAACAUGAGAACGUACAAGCAGAUAAGGAGAGAGAGAAUCAUCCAGGAAUUUUUUGAGAAGUAUCAUGUGGUGUCCAACUUGGUGAACCUGUCUAAGUACGUUAGGGAUGAAGAGCACCGCGAUAAACUGGAGUAUGUGGUGGACAACAAGACGCUGAACAAGAUGGUCACUAAACUAAUUGCCGAUAAUAAGCUCUGCUCACGACAGGUGACCUUUACAGCGGAUGCCAGUGACCACACCCCCUCCCAUGACGAACCCAUCACCCAAACUAUCACUCUCUUCUGUGCUCCCUCAGCUACAGAAAAGGAGAUAUCUGCGGCUCAAGAGGCUGCUCACGGAGCUUUCUUAUCCGCCACUCACAGAAAGGCUCUCAGGACUAAGGUUAAGAAGCCAAAGAAACAAAAGGCGGAGUCUCAGAGUGAUGUAGAGCAAUCGGAAGAUGAACUUGUGGAUAUUCCAAAUCAUGUAGGGUUCACGACAUCCAGAUUCCAGCGCCUGAAGCAUUUUCACUGCUACUUGUGGAUCCUAGCCUUUGGACACAGUCCUGAAACCACCUCCCCUCAAGACUCAUCUGACCACACCCUCCCGGACACUCGUAUUCUCUCCAAGACUAAAUGGGUGUCCGCUGUAACCAAAUUGCCUUCCUUGAGUAAAGGCCCGGGGUGGCUCAACUUCUAUGACAUCACUAGAAACAUUCCCCUAUCCCUUUUUCUCAUUCUUACUAAAAUCACAAAGAAGAUACCGUCUCGAUUCUUGCCCUACUUCCAAGAUGAUCAGCUGUUCAAUGGCACACUGAGGGACCUCCCACCAGAGCUACAGAAGGCCCUCGUUUAUAACAAAGAUUUUCGGCGAGAUAAUGCCCAAGUGGCUCAUCUGCUGGGACUGUCUGAGGAGGUGGGGAUUCUCUCAAUGGAGGGCAACAACAACCCCAGAGACCGCUCACAGCUGUUUGCUAAACUUGCUACCACGGUGACAAUCCUCGAUACCUCACCCUGUAAACCGAGGCGAUCGUUUUUCCUCAACGAUGCCUGCUCCCUGUUCAAGGAGACCGUGCUCAGUCUCACGUGUGUGGCCGAUGUGGAGAGGUACUGGUUCGACCUGCAGCUCAUAUGCCAGCAGACUCCCAUCAUACUAGGAGAGAGAGGCCCAAAGAAGGACCCAGCUGUCACUGACACCCACCCUCUCAUCUAUCGCCAUACCGACUACAUCAACGUCAAGAAGAGAGGAAACGAGUGGACGGCUGAGUUCAAUCAACAAGGCUUCGGUGCGGGUGGCCUACCUCCAUUACUGUUCUCACACAGCAGUCGAAACUGGUUUUACAACCACUCUGUGUUGGAUUCCCAUUCCCAUACAGUUGAUUCCAGUACCACCGAGUCGCUACCUGGAGUGUCCCUAAUGGACCUACCAUACACAGACAUGAUAGACGAAGAGUGUGAGGGUGUGGAGGAUGUGGAGGGUGUGCCUGCCGCUAAGAGGAAGAAGCUGUCAUCAUCGAGGGGGGGUGGUGUGCGUGUAAUAACUGUGCCCAGUAGUCAGGUGGUGAGACACGAGGGAGGGAGGGGAAGAGAAAGAGUCAGGAUGAAGAAAGUGCACAAGGCUGUGAAGACUGCUCGUAAAGUCAUAUCAAAGCAGCAGUCUCACCAGACACAGCGUUUCAAGGUAUUCAAUGAGAUCAGCAUGGUGAUCGAGGAUGACACGCUGGUGAAACGGGAUAGAGGGCGUGGCAGUGACGAGGGAGACAAGGGGCAAGAGGGACGUACCUACUGGAACACAGAGCAGGGAAACUAUAUUCUCUCUGCCUAUCUGGCGUGCUGCCUCCUCCAUCGGAAGGGUGCUCCUCGCGUGACCUACACUCAAAUCAGGGCCGCACAUUUGAAGAAGUUUCCACGCUCUAAAUGCACCAUCACGUCUGUCAAACGCUACCUUACCGUGCUGCUCAAAAAAAGCCCUCACAUCAGGAGCACUUUGGAAGUCAGGAUGGCAGAGUGUCUACAGGAAAUGGACAGUAUGGGUGUCGAAACUCCGGAACUCACUCUCAAUGGCAUAGUACAGUUCAUCAGUAAAAGGUCACAAGCUUCUAAGAGGAUGCUCUCACAAGAGUUGCUCCUGCCCAGAACAAUGGAGGAGCUGUACAGUAACCACACACUCAUUGGAGGACCUAAGGCAAAGAAGUCUCCGACUGUACCUGUUGUUCAUGGGGAGCGAGAAGUUACGCAAGCACUAAUCACUGAUCUUAUCAUUGCCACACUAGGUGCAGAUGAGUCCACGUACGAUCAAUACAAGACAUUCAAACUGUUUGAGUCAUUCCCUGAGGCGGAUGUAAAGAUAGUACUGGACAGACUGAGGCAGCUGCAACUCAUCAAGAGAAAAAAGCAGAAAAUGGUGGGUGUUCCAGCCAAGCAGAGUCCACUGGAGACACAGCAGUACGGCAUCAAUCACAACUUCUAUGCCAAACUGGAAGGUCACUUUCCUCCAAAUCUGCUUCAAGACACUACCGACUUCCUGUGUGUGCUAGACGAGGAUCAAAGGUCAUCUGACGAACAACCAGAGGAGGGUGAAAGGUCGUCUGACAGACAGCCGGGGGUGGGAUGGUCGGAGGAUAUACUGAGAGUACACGGGGAGAGAGCCCGGGCCACCACUGUAGCAGCUCUCCUCGGGGCAGCCUCGCGAGGGAUACCAAUGGAAGUGAGAGCUGUACUACCUGAGCCACUGUUUGAGGAGUUAGCGGAUCAGCCUGACGAUGAGGACUCUCUCGGCACCUCGUUGGGGGAGGAGCUUGAUGGAGGAUCGGAUGGAGACGACAAAGAUGAAGAAGAAGUUAAAGACGGUCCGUCGCUCACGAAUGAGAUGAUUAUUAGGAAACUGAAGUACGGCACUGGAGGUGUGAGUACAUUGUUUGGUGUGGGAGCUGGAGCUGUGAGGCACGGGUAUGUGGAGGUGGAGCCAUCUGUAUGUGUCGGGAAGCUGUUGGAGCGUGCUCAGAGCGAACAAUAUGGCCACCUUCAACCAAGUGAAGAGAAAAUGGAAGAAGAAUUGACAGAUCAGCAGCUAGGAAAAUCUCACCAAAAAAUGACUCUGGACAAUUAUUUGAAUAUUGGGAAGAAUUAUCUCGAUUUUACUGACUCAGAUAUUUUGUUUGCCCAAGAGCUUUAUAGAAUUAUUGAUGAAGGUGGUGACCACGGAGUUCAAAGGUUAAAUCUGGAUACCCACAGUGCAUUGACUCACUUGCAUCACCAGCACAGCCUAGAGCUCCACGUACAGUCCCUUCUGAACUUUGACCUGAUCUUUCGAGUGGGUGUGUGUGAGGAGUGUCUUGUGACGAGUGCCCACUCAGGCCGUUGGAACAUGUGUGCAACAGAGGACUCACACCUCCACACAGCGUACCGUCCGUGGGCGGCUCUCACACCCCCACACCUCAACACCCCCCUCCUGGAGAAGUACCAGCAUGGUGUGCUCAUGCACAUUAUGGCUCACCCUGGCAUCACCCUGGUUGAUCUGUUGAGACAUUUCACGUCCAUUCUCACUGUCAAUGGCCUCAGGGAGAUCCUGCAGGUGCUGGAACUGUCCAAUCAAAUCAAGAGCUAUCACACGCUGACCAGAGGAGAGUGUACACUGUUUGGGAACAACGAGAGCUCUUCAUUAUACUUUGAUUAUUAUGAACCUGUUGCUUAGGAUAAUGUGUAUGGUGCUACAUGGACAAUAGUUUAACAGACACAUUUUUAAGAUCCCAUUUAUCUCCUUAUAAUUAUGUAUGUCUUUGAUUCUCAAAAUUGAUUUCUUAUAAUAUUUUUCUGCAUCAUGCCAUGUACUGUAUUUUAAAA